UCAGAGGCAGAGGUGGCAGUGUUGGCGGCCACACACACCAAAAUACCCUGCAAGAGUGGGUGUGCAAGCGUGCGUUUGUGUGUUCGCAAGCGUCUGUUUUCAACAAUAAGUCAUAAAAUUGGCCACAACCUAUUUCUACAGAUUUGAAAUGGGCGAGGAGAGGCUGCAGAGUGGUUGCAUGUUGCAGCAGUUGGCUGCAGCUGUGAAUGAUCACAGCAUUGUGCUCUGAGAGGCUCCUCCACUCAGACGCAAAGAUGCACAGCAAAAUUACUCAGACGUACAUUGUUAUAUCUGAUAAAUUAGACGCGUGUGCAACACUUGGGUAUCUUUAUUGCGGAAACGCUUCGCCACACAGUGGUUUCAUAAGUGCAGUACAAAGAAGGAAAUUGAAGUUCAGGAGAUUGAGGUAAUCAGUCCAUCCAUCUUUAUCUAGAUUAAUGGAGUGUUGACAGUCACAGUUACGAACACAGCGAGUGUUGACAGUCACAGUUACGAACACAGCGAGUGUUGACAGUCACAGUUACGAACACAGCGAGUGUUGACAGUCACAGUUACGAACACAGCGAGUGUUGACAGUCACAGUUACGAACACAGCGAGCGUUGACAGUCACAAUUACGAACACAGCGAGUGUUGACAGUCACAGUUACGAACACAGCGAGUGUUGACAGUCACAGUUACGAACACAGCGAGUGUUGACAGUCACAGUUACGAACACAGCGAGUGUUGACAGUCACAGUUACGAACACAGCGAGUGUUGCAUUUAAGACUGGAGAGAGAAUAAUGCCCGUGACUGUGUUUGCCUACAUGUAUGUUGAUAAGAUUAUAAUAAGUUUAUUGUGUGCAUGAGGGAAGGAGGGAGGGUGGUGUAGCAGGUAAGGCAAGGCGGUAGGAGGAGGGGGGAUGGGAUUGGUGUUGGCUAGGUGCCCGGGGACGAGCGAGGGGGUCUGGCGGCCCCCACUAUUGUAGGCACAGUUCCGGCUUGGCCCUGGCACGUCGAGGGACCACCUCGAGUCCCCGCUGGCCUUUACUAGGGACCACUUCGAGUCCCCGCUGGCCUUACUAGGGACCAAACAGGCAUGUGGCGACGAGCCUGCUGACCUGUCACCAGCAGCCAGGCCCUCAUUAUCACGUGUUUUGUAGCUUAGUGCCUCUCGUGCCAGUGAGUGCCUCUCGUCAGUGUCUCUGCCGAGGACUGAUUAUAGUGUUGCGGUCACCCCUCUACGUUGUGCAGCGGGUGAUUGUACAGAGGCCAGUGUGAGGCGAGCGAGGGCCAGGUGUGACGUAGAGGCCUCUGUCACAUGAGGCCUAGGUUAGUGUAACGUAGGCCUGGUCCAGCGAUAGUAGGCCUGGUCCAGUGUUUACGUAGGCCUGGCUCAGUGUGACAUAGGCGUGGGCCAGUGUAUGCGAGUGUGAGGCUGUGUGAGCAACAUGUGUAUAGUGAUAGUGAUGAACGGGGCGGCGGGUCCACCCCGUUGAGUGCCUUGUUAGUCUUCUGUGAGGGACUUGCCCUCACCCGCCACCCUCACUACUCUCUACCUCAUGAGUCCUGGUCCUGAUACUGCUGCUUCUGCUGCUUCUGCUUCUGCGGCUGCUGUUGCUUCCGCUGCUGCGUGCUGCUGCAAACACAGAGGGCCAGCACCUGCCACGGCCUUUGGGUACUUACAGAAGGAACUCGGCCCUCGCCCAGGGCUCUGUGGCGGGGUCAUACGGUAGUGGGGGUGGCGGCGGUGGUGCUGCUGCUGGUGGUGUAUGGUGGUGGCGGUGGUGGUGCCACGGGUGAUGACAUGAAGGUGGUGGUGGUGAGCGGCCACCAUGCCGGUCUGCUGCACCAUGCUAAAAGCCCCCGACACCCCACCCCAACUACCACCCCCACAACCAAUCCACUGCGCCAACUGUACAGAGUGUGGGACUAAGGUGGUGGUCGGGGGCACAGAGACGGUGUACUGGGCAGUGCAGCUGGACGCCGACCUGCUCGACACCAUUGCUGCCAUCUAUCCACACUGGUUUAAGGAUUGCAAUUUGAACGACCUAAGCAAGAUGGCGGAUGGUAGUAAUGGAGAGGGGUCUCAGCCCCCCUUCAUUCCCCUCUCACCACCCAAGUGUGAGGUGGAUGACUCCCCACUGCAAGGCAAGACUCUCAAUAAAAACAAAGAAUCUCUAAAAGUGAAGCUCAUGUUAAGACGACCCCGGGAGGAUCUUGUGAACCGCGGUGUCAUCCCACCAAAGAACACCCCAACUGCCUUCUAUGAGCAGCGUCAAAAAUUGGACAUGGCAAAAAAACAUGACAUCCUCAAACAGAAAAUGCAACGGCGACCUGACCGAGAGGAGCUGGUUCGACAACACAUCCUGGAGGAUGCACCUGGAAAUAUUGAUCCUUCCUUGGUAGAAAAGCAGAAACAGUUGAAACGUGCCAGGAUAGCUGAUGCCAUUAGUGACCACCUGUGCCAGAGACCAGGACCCCUUGAACUUGUCAGAGCCAAUAUACUUCACACCACAGAAGACCUUGAGAAAGCUGUCAAAGAGGGGCAGCUGAUGUUCAAGAGCACAAGUGAAGGAGAGCCUCGAAAACAUCCAAGUUUAUAUGUGCAGUAUGAAGAUGAAUCAAGCAGUGAGGGUGCAAUGUCCCCAGACCAAAGUGAGGCUGGCAGUGCUGCUGGAGUGCGAGAGCUUCUAUCACCAAGCCCAAUCCUGUUGGAAGCCUCAACAGUAACCUCAGUAGUAACCCCAGCUGCAGUAAUAGCACCACCACCACCACCACCCGUCACACCAGCAGCAUCUGCACCCAUCUGUUGUGUGCCUGAUGUAGCAGCCGCAUCGCCCUCAUUAACCUCUACCACCUCAUCAUUGUCCCCAUUAUCAUCCUUAGCAUCUCCUCAGCACCCUCUUUUACCUUCCCCUCAAGCCCCUGCUCUGACCCAAACUCUUUUUGUGACACGAACACCUCUUCCUCAUGCCCUUACAACACCACCCCUACAAAAUUCUGCUCCAGGAAAAGAUCAGUCCAAGAGCAGAAAGAAAUCUAAAGGAAAAAGCCAGCCUAAAGCCAGAACAAUAAAAUUUCAUGAAUACAAGGGCCCUCCAAGUGCUGUGAAGCGUGAAUCUAACACAAGCCACUCCGAAACAUCGUAUGAUAUACUACUCCAGCAACAGCAACUUUUCCUUCAGUGUCAACUUGAACUCAAACAAAAGUAUCCCCAGAUUAUUUUACCUGCAGCACUGAAACCUUCAAACAAUGACAGUUCAGGCUGCAACAAUUUACCAAGUGUCAUCCAGGUAGCUCCAACACCAUCCACACUACCAUCCUCCACUGUGGCCAGUGGGCUCACCUUAUCACAAGUUCUCCACACACCAACCCACACACCCACAUCAACUCCAACGCCUUCAUCAACUCCUCCAGCACCUCCACCACCUCCCACGCCUCCAGAGACAAGUAUCAGAAUUCACACCAAGUUGGAAGAUAUGAAAGUCUCGGAUCUGAAAGCAGAGCUGAAGAAACGAAACUUACCAGUAUCUGGUUCAAAACCACAGUUAAUAGAAAGAUUAAAAAAUCAUGCUGCCCAAAACUCUGCUGCUAUCAUCACGAGUUUGAAUAGUAAUAACAGCAUUAGUAAUGGUAGCAGUCUUAACAGUAAGAAUACCUGUGUUACAAUGAGAUUAGGGAGUGUAGAGAGAGAAACAGUUAAUGUACCUGCAGUGUUGGACAGUGAAGAAAAAACAAGUUCAACCCAAACUGACUCCACUGGCAAUUGUGGCUUGUCUGUGUCUCACCUGCAAGAGUCCUCACCAACUCCCACACCAACAAAUUCAACAUUCAACUAUACAGACGACUCCUCAGUUCAAGGGUUACUGGAAGCAUCAAUGGAUUUUGGAGAUGAUAGUGCAUCAUCUCCUACAUACUCUCAUAUCUCGGCAUCAUCUACACGUCCCCCAAGUGUGGCUCCUAUGGAUGUAGAUUUUGAUUCUGCAAUGGAUACAAAUGACUUUACACCUCUGACACCUAGUGGUGCUCUUACUCCUCUCAGUCUUCAUAUCAGUGAUGGAGGAUCCAUAAACACUCCACCACCUCCACCACCACCACCUCCACCACCACCACCACCCACACAAAAUUUCUCUACUAGUUCUUGUAUUCCCAUUGGUAGUGUGCUGGUGCCAGCUACUAGCCAGGCGGUGACCACUACACCCAAUCAAGUAUUAAUGACACGUCAUUCCACCUCGCAAACCUCCAACAACUCACUUGUGUCUAAUGAAACUAUGGUGCAACUACAAAGAAGAAUAGAGGAACUGCAGAGGGAACUACAUCAUACACAAAUGCAGCUACAGUUACAACAACAGCAAAAUAUCAUCAAAGCCCAGGAGCAGCAGCGCAAAAAUAUUUCUGAUAACAAGCUAAAUCAAAAACUAAUAUUGCAACAACAUAUUCAUAACAAGAAACAACAGCAACAACAACAACAGUUGCAGAGUCAUAUCCAGCAGCUCCAUCAUUUGCAAACAUUACAACAACAACAGCAACAAUUGUUGCAGCAGCAAGUGAUCCAUCAUGAACCUUUAAAAAAUAAAAUUCUUGAGAAUGGUAUUCAGCAGUGUGGAAUUUUGCAUCAGCAGAAACAGCAGCAUCAACAGUUAGAACAACAAGCUGAGGAACAAAUAGAACAGAACCAGCAGCAGCAGAGCAUUGGAGAAGUGAGAGUAAAGGUUGAGAAUGGGUGGGAACAACUCGGUUCUCCCAGUCCUCACUCCCAUCACAAACCAAAGAGUCAACGUUCAGGAUCUAUAUCCUCACAAAAUGGCAUUACUAUUAAUGCUCAUCAAAGAUUUGUACUAAAUUGCCACAAGCCACAAACAGAAAGUUAUCUGUCAAAAGUCAGGCAGUGGAUGAUGUUUUAGAAAUAUUAAUUAAAAAUGGAGAGCUUCCACCUAGUGCUGCUCAGGAUCCUCAUACUCCAACUCAAAUAAGGUGUAGUCGAAGUGGACCAAUCUUCACUACCACAUCAGUUACCUCUUCUGUCAUCUAUACUACCACGUCAGCUGGUGCUCCCAUUUUUAGCACCACUUCUGGUGCAUUGCCAAUCAUUUUUACCACUUCUGCAACUUCAUUACCUGCAGUAUACACUACCACCAAUGCUGUUCCAACCACAGCAGAAGCUGCAGUCCCACCACCUCCACCACCACCCCCACCUCCACCUCACCAUUCUAGUCAGCGCACCACUUCUGCUACGUCAACAACUUCUCAAGGCCCAGCAGUGUUAAGUGUUGCCAACUCCUGUCCAUCCCCAAUAGUCACCAGUGGCUUAAAUUCUCAUUCACUUUUUGCAGACCUAGUGAUGGAGGGGUCAAACCAACAUAGUCUGGAACUUCCCUUAGAUCUGGAAUUAUCUGUGUUGGAGGGUAUGGAACUGGGUGCCUUGGAACAUACUCUUGACCACAGCAACAUAACUCCUGAUCUUCUUAUUCCAAGUAGAUCAGAUGAGCCAUUUGUCAGUGUAGGCCCACCGAUAGAUGUUAAGAUGGAAGUGAACGAUGAUGUUGAUGUUGCAUCGUGGCUUGACUCUUUGGUUCCUCCAACUCAUAGCCCAACACUGUCUUCAGCUACUACGAACUUUAUUACACCUUGGCCUCCAUCUCAACUAACAUCAAUCUCUGAUAACAACAGUGAUAGUGGUAUAAGCAGUAAUUAUAAUAGUGGCAGUAGCAGCAGUAACAGAGGAGGUAACCACAGUAGUUGCAGUACCAGUAGUACAAGUAGCAGUGGUGGCAGAAGUGGUAUAAGCGUGCACCAAAGUGAUCCUCUGCUCUCUAAUAAUCAGGACCAACUGGACCUCUUUAACUUAGAGGAAAUGGACCUCAAGGCCCAUGAUGUAACGUCAGGCCUAUCAUGGGACCGCAUUGAUUUUACUGCAUGAGAGUAGUGUACCAGUCAUGCAGUCAGUCACCGUGUUACUAUCUGGUCAAUGUAGGUCCUACUGCAGAACCAUUGACUAACAGUGUUAAGUCAAGGGACCACUAACUGCAGUAGAUUUCAACCUUGACUGAUCAGAGUGAAGUGCUGCUGCAUCAUGAGUGACUGGCAGUACGCUACUUUGGCUACUGACAUAUAAGUUAAUGUCUGUGAUGACAAAUGAGUGCCUUACAA